UUUAUGGGUGACUAAAAACAUCUGUAUUCUGAAUUUUGUUAAGGUCACUGAUAAAGUUCAUUGUUUUCGUGAAGAACAAUAUUAACAAAGUUAGAGCUCGUGCAUCCAACUACUUCCUUUUAUUAAUCAUUUAAGAUGAGCUUCCUGUUUGGAAGCCGUUCCUCUAAAACUUUUAAACCGAAAAAGAACAUACCAGAAGGAACACACCAAUAUGAGUUGAUGAAACAUGCAGCUGCAACUUUGGGAUCAGGAAACUUACGAUUAGCUGUGAUGCUCCCCGAAGGAGAAGACUUAAAUGAAUGGGUUGCUGUGAAUACUGUGGACUUUUUCAAUCAAAUCAAUAUGUUGUAUGGAACAAUAACCGAGUUCUGCACAGAAGAUAGUUGUCCUAUAAUGUCAGCAGGCCCGAAAUAUGAGUACCAUUGGGCAGAUGGUCAUACGGUGAAAAAGCCUAUUAAAUGUUCAGCUCCCAAAUAUAUUGAUUAUCUGAUGACCUGGGUGCAGGAUCAGUUGGACGAUGAGACUUUAUUUCCUUCAAAAAUAGGAGUACCUUUUCCAAAAAAUUUCCAGUCUAUCGCAAAGACAAUCUUGAAAAGAUUGUUUAGAGUUUAUGCCCACAUUUAUCAUCAACACUUUGGUGAGGUGGUGCAACUAGGAGAAGAAGCACAUCUGAAUACGUCUUUCAAACAUUUCAUAUUCUUUGUUCAGGAAUUCAACUUAAUAGAGAGAAGAGAACUGGCUCCUUUGCAAGAAUUAAUUGAUAAAUUAACAGCCAAGGAGGCGCGAUGAAUAUAUUUGCCAGGAGUUCUUAUACACUGCAUUUAAUUUGCCUCCCUAUUUGCUUUAUUUUUUUCUGUGGUACGUAACACUAUUUAGUAAUAGUUAUUUUGUUACGUGUAAGGAAUGAGUGCAAAAGUCUUGAUUGAAUUUAUGUAAUUUUAAAAAUAUAUUUUGCGAGGUUAAGAUAGCGAAUUAAUUUUAUUGUUUCGAAUGUAAUGUAAAAUUAGGAAAUCAUAGCACGAGAAUUAGUUAUUUAUAUUACUAGGUUUAUAAACACGUUUCCGCAGUACCACAAAUUUAAUGAAGGGAUCUUACGUUGACUAUUUGAGUCUUUCCGAUAAGUAAUCAUAACAGGGUUCAUUUUUUUAGUUUAUAUGUAUACGCAAAAAAUAUGCACACUUUAAGUUAAGUCUGUUGUGCAUCUAUCUUUUGCAUCAUGUGCAAUGUUUAUAUUUUUGACUCUACAAACACGUGUAUUCAAAGUUGUAUUUGCAUUUCUUUGGCUUGCCAUAAAGAAAAUAAACUUACACGAAACUACAUAUUAAAGUGUACUUAAUGUGCAUUCUGUUAUACGAAAUGCAAAGAAA